ACGUAGGACUGAACGUAGACGCACACGCGGAUAGUUCAUUCUUGUCGGAUAAGCGCGUCGCGUCGUGUGCCACUACCACCACCACCAUCACCAUCACCAAUUCUACAACGGCGAUAGCAGCAGCAGCAGCGGCACCUCCACUACCACUGCACUACCACCACCACGGCUACCACCACCAGCAAGAACAGUGCUAGAAGCAGUGGCAGAGCAAGCACCACCUCCUGUCGAGCGCUCUACCCGCUCUCUCUUUCUCUCUUUCCCUCUCUCCCUCUCUCUCUCUCUCUCUCUCUCUCUCUUUCUACCUCUCUCUCUCUUUCUCUCUCUCUCUCUUUCUUUCUCAACGCUUACCUAGGAGCCGAGCGGAUAGAGAAAGAGGGAGGGAGAGCAAGAAAGAGAGAGGAGCCGUACUCUGUUGGUAGAGGGAGAGAGAAAGAGAAAGAGAGUUAGAGAGAGAGAUGUAGAGAGCACGAGAGAGGGUCUCGGCUUUGCGCAAAAGUUACGACCGAGCGAGUAGCAGUGAGACACACCGCGGAGACCGGAAGAGAUCCUCUCUCCCUAAACAAGUCCUCCUAAAGAAAAAGAAAGAGUGAAGUAAGUUCGUAAGUGCGUGUGUCAUACGAAAGGAAAAAGAGUGAGAGAAAGAAAGAGAGAGAGAGGGAUCACGCGCGUGAAAACUUCGUCGUCGUCGUCGUCGUCGUCGUCGUCGUCAGCAGCAGCAGCAACAGUACGCGCGUCCUAUGAUUAUAUUUUCGCGCGUGCUUGUGCCAUUCUCUUCCUCCCGUCUUAACUUGCGACAGGUGACUCCGAGAUAGUGUUGUAUUAGUAGAGAAAAGUGUGUGCCGUCGUCUAUUCGCGUUAACUGUGUGCUGCUACUUGUUUACUAUUCUUGUUAUUUUUAUUUGUCUUGUCUGUUGAAACGGGGAACGAGCGCUUGCUCCCUCGACAAAAAAAAAAAAGAAAAAGGAAUAUUUAUUUCUGUUCGUUUUCAUCGUUGUCAUCGGUCAGUUAGUUAUUCACCAUUUGGUAAUCCUCGGCACCAAGAGAGCACGUGGAUUUGUAAACCGACCGCGAAAAGAUCUUGCGUCGUCUAUCGUCCAGGGAUCUCUACUGAUGUGAGCGCGCGAAACUCCUUUCGGAAUUGGAUGGGCGCGCGUGGUGGACGUAUACCACGUGUCAAACAAAUCUUUUAAACAUACGUACAACUUUGCUGAUACAUUUCGAAAAAUAAUUCCCUUUUCUUUUCGAAUAUUUCGUAAUAUAUUCGUCCGUUUGUUAUAUUUACAUAAAAGAAACACAAGAGGUAUGAUAAAUUGAGAGCAAAAUUCGUGACAAGAAAAACUAGUCCAUGAAACGAAAAGAAAAUAAGAAAAGGAUAUUCAAGGAUUAGAAAAAAGAAGAUCGAUCGAAUAAAUACCGAAAGCAAGUGACACGUUAAAAGGAAUGAAAGAGUAAAAGGAUCUUCGAGGUAUAGGGAACAAAGUUAUUAGGGCGACAAGGACGAAAGGGGGAAGGGAACAAAAAGGAAAUCGCAUAAAGGUCAUUUACGAUCGAUUUGACAAAGGACAAGAUAAAGGAAGGGGUUUGAUUUGGAAACGAUCACGAGUAAGAAGAGAAAGGGAAUUUUAGUCAAAGAAAUACCCCAUUAUACGGAUUAGAAAACAAUAUCAAUGAAAACAAAAAUCUGGAGCAGAGUAAACGUUUUCAAAGAAUUGAAAGAAGAUUCUUAGAAAAAAGGUUGCGUAAAAGGAAGGCAAAAUAGAGAGAGAGAAAGUGAAAAAUAAACGGGACGAAAUAGAUUGUGUACAAACGACAAAUUGAAUUGAUCGACAACGGGUAGAAAACAAAAGAGAAAGAGAAAGUCGAAUAAAUAAAGAAAGAAAGAGGCAGACAGAACGGAAUUAAAGAGGGAUAAUAUAUUAUAUAUAUGUAGUUCAGUUAUAGUUUGAAAAAGGUGGAAGAAAGAAGAGCUCCGUCAAAGUUCGAGAAUCGAGAGAACACGGUCGUUCUGUGCACGAUCGUUCUGUGCACGGUUGUUCUGUGCACGCUCGGGUGCCGCUUACGUAGAGCGCAACGAGCGGCCGCGCGUUGUGUAAGACCUGAAAGUAAAAGUUGAAACCGCCGAGUUCGGCUGGCGCGCGUGCGGAGCGCACCGUCGAGCGCUAAAAUCCGAUCUCGUGGAUCUCUCUCUCUCUCUUUCUCCCAUAUUUUCCCCCUACCCCCACCCCCGCCAAACGUAUUUUUCAUCAUCGAAAACAUCCUCGCCUUCUCUCUCUCUCUCUCUUUCUCUCUCCCUCUCCCUCUUUAUUUCAUAUUCGCACUUUCGAAGAGGUAGGAGGUAGAGGGUUAGCGCGGGUGCGCGCCCCUCACCUCUCAACAUUGUUUAUUGAGGAUACCUGUUUAUAGAUAUCAAGGAAGCUCUUUUGGAAGAAUAAUACAAAUAGAAGAGAAAGAGUAGAAAAGGAAUCAUCAUUGUCAUCGCGUUGUGGUGGACGUAGCCUAGCCGUGUCGUUGUCGUUGUCGUUGUCGUUCUCCUCGGUAACGUUGCGUAACGAUGCUUCUGGCUCGUUGAGUCGUGAAACGCGGCUGGCGAUCCGGUUAUUAACGACGUUGCGAGCUCGCUCGCGAAACGGAACGACGAGAUCGAGAGAGAGAAAGAGAGGACGAAGAAGGAAAGGAAAAGCAAUGGAAAUGCUAGGACCGCUUCGCCGGCUCGAUGCCGCGAGCCUUUCGAAAUGUGAACGUUCAAGGUCAACGAUAUUUCUUCGGUAACCCUCUCCCCCUCCACCUCCUCCUCCUCCACCUCCUCGUCAUCGUCAUCGUCAUCGUUGUCAUCUUCGUCUCUUAGUCCGGGGAGAAUAACGUCCCCCGGAGGAGAGUUCUUCUGGUGGCUCGUCUUCUUCUUCCUCCUCCUUUUUCUCCACCUCCUACAAACAGUGCUCAGGCAUUGCUUUUACUCGCCGUCUCGUGUACGGGCGGCGCACGAGUAGUCGGCCUGCAGAAGCGUUUCGUAAAAAGGAUUACAAAACCAGAAGAGAAAGGAGAAGCGAAGAGAGAGAGAGAGAGAGAGACAGAGAGAGAGAGAGAGAGAGAGAGAGAGAGAUAGAAGAAGAAGCAGAGAGAGAGAAAAAGAAAGUUGGUGUAGUAGAAGAGACCUCUCGGCACAUCCGGAGAAGCGAGUUCUCCGGAAGAGACGACGACACAGUCCCUGGCAGAGACAAAAUAAUCAAAAGAAAGAGAGAAAUAGGACGGAGCGCGUCCGCGCGUAUACGUGACUGUGAUAACUUGACAAUAAGAGGCCGUUGGUUGGUUCGUUCGAUCGGUUGGCGCGCGCGCGCGAGCGGAGACACGCGGCCGCGACGCGGAAUUAAAAGUGCACUUAAAAAGGUUAGCGGGAUAAAAAAGGCGCGCGCGCGAAAGGAUAAGAGAAAGGAAUAGGAGUCACCUCCGAGUCCUUGAGAGUACACAACGGGUAAAAGUGCCGGCAGCAGCGUAGCACCGGAGCGGCAGCCGGUUGACCCUGGACGCUCGAGUCCGCGCCGUGCUAGUCCCCGUUCAAACAAACAAGGAAAAAGAAAAAAGGGGGAAAAGAAAAAAAAGGAAAAAGCUUCUCUCCUCGACGAAGACAUUUUCGUCGACGUUUCCUCGAACGUGGUCCCCCUAGGAUCGAUCUUCUCGAGAACACCCGGAAGAGACCGCACGCUACUACGUUACGAGCUUCCAAGCACGUGCUCGCGACCAUGAAGAGCCGAGGACCGAGAAUAACAGCUGACCGAAGAUAACUACCUCCAUCCUCGUUUCUAUCGUUCUCGUCUUCUUCUAUCGUUGCCGAUGCCGAUGCCGAUUUCCUCCCAUUUCAUCUUCGUACAAACCAAGGAGGAACCAUAGGAUACAAGUGUUCACAGAUUAACGUCCGAUUUUUAUCGAGUGUGUUUAAGUGACGACGCGGGUGCCAAUACGAUUCCAUGUAAACUGAGUUAUUAUUCGAGUGAUAUAUCUGUGCGCCCAUCAGUAUAAAACGGUGUGUUUCAAUGUUUCACAUCACGUGCCAGCGAGAUCGCCGUCAUCGUUGUCGUCGUCGUCGUCGUUAUUACGAAGCUUGGAGGAUGCCUCGAGAUUCUUCGAAAGAAUCCUGAGGGACGUGAAUUUUCGAUUCAACCGACCUUAAUUCGGAUAAUUUAGGAACGUUGGCAGUGAUCGAUCGACAGAUCGAUCGAUCCCCGUCGACAAAAUGGAGGACUUACAUUGUGAGGCGAUGAAUACGGAUGGUCUUCUAACAUUGCAUUAUGGGAAGCAUCCAGCAACCUUGGCCGCAGAGGUCGCGGCCUGGUACAGCGGAGACCGUCAUGUAGACGUGACACUGGCUUGCGACGAUGGUUCCGUUGUCAGGGCACACCGUGUCGUUUUAGCAGCAGCCAGUCCGCUUUUGGCUAGUCUGUUACGUAAUCCCGCCCUGGACCACGUGGUCCAUCUUGCUGGAGUCAGGAAGACUCAGCUAAACCAUCUUGUCGAAUUUCUUUAUAACGGAGAGGCUCUUAUACCCUCGACAGAGCUUACGCCAUUGAGAGAACUCUUCGAACUACUUCAAAUCAAGUCGGAACUCUUCGGGCCCAACCAAUCUCAGACCUCUAGUAAUUCCGAUCCUGAAAUGAUACCUACUCCUCAACCCUCUGAGGAUCAAGAAAGUUCUAGUUACGAAUCGAAAUACGACAGCAGACAAACGAGUAAUCCUGCUGAUUGUUGUUCGGUACUGAUUAAAACCGAGGACUACGAAGAGGAGCCUGAAGUAGACGUGGAAGGUGUCGAAGGUGAGGGCUUGCUCAUGGAAACAAGAGAAGGUAGCAUAGAACCGCCUAGAAGGAGGGAUAGUUCGGAUCCCGUAAACCUCAGUUUAAAUUCCGGAGCGUCAACGAUGAGCGAGAGUUCUCAUGACAUAGUACAUAGACCAGAAAAGCAAUUACUCGAACGGCGAGAGUCUUUGGACGAAGCCGAAGAGAGGUCGAGGCAAAUGGCGGCCAGAUUGGCGUUAGGCUUGGAUCCUGGCAAACGAAAACCCGAAGAAUUACCGAUCACACCGGCUGAGGCGUACGUAGUAACGCCUCAUCGAAAACGUAGACCAGGUUUUCACAACGCGCCAGCGCAGAAUCCAGCCUUCGUACCUUUUAAUCCCAAUUUCGAGACACCGAGGAGGUUACAAGCCCCGCAUCCUUUGAGUCUAUCAGCGCCGCCGUAUCUGCAGGACAGAUCGAUAACGCCACCAGGGGCAUCGCAAAGACCACCAAGUGCCGACCCAGCCUCGACAGCUGUACUAGAAGCACCUUGGGCUGCUUGGACUCUACCUCCAGCUCGGGCACCCCCACCACCUGCUACGGAGGAUCCACCAAAGUCGACCCCUGUACGAGAAUAUCGAUGUACCUAUUGCGGUAAACAGUUCGGCAUGUCCUGGAACUUGAAGACUCAUCUUCGAGUACACACAGGCGAAAAACCAUUUGCCUGUCGACUCUGCGUCGCCAUGUUCAAGCAGAAAGCUCAUCUGCUUAAACAUCUCUGUUCCGUUCACAGAAGUGUAAUAGCCGCACCGGAUAAUACGUUUACGUGUUGCUUCUGUUCGCUCCACUUUGAAAAUUUACAAGAACUCAUAAGGCAUCUGUCAGGGCCGCAUAAUAAUUUAUUAUUAAGUAAAAAUCUACACGAUUGCGAACGUUCUUGAAUAGAUUCAUUCAUCGGACUAAGACUCUUUCCUUGACCUUUUUUGGUCAUUUUUAUUUUCUUACAAUUAAAAUCGAACAUAUCGUUUUCAAUGUCCAGAUCAGAUAUUUUUCAAAUACCUCUGAAUACAUCUUGGAUUUAUCACCAUCGUGGAUAUCGAAGUUAUGCAUAAUUAGAUCUUUUUAUUAAACAAUUCCAUCGUUCUUCUUUGAUAUCUAAAAAAAGAAAUCUCUGUGAUCUGGAAUCUUGGAUUAAUGCGUUAUUACCAAUCUCAAUCUCUCAGCAUAUCUAGCUGUGAUCUCUGGUACCAAGCUGCAAGUUUGGUAAACGCGGACAAUCGCCUGCAAGUGCCGUCUCUUCGCGAACUAAACGUUCCUUUGCGAUAAUAAAUGAAAUAUUUUUUCGACACUUUUAUAAGCCGAUUUUCGCGAAGACGCGGCACGAAGCAUUGGAAAAGAGCCUUUCCGAUAAAAAUAAUUAAUAGAAAAUAUUCAGAAAACAGGGUCUUCGUUUUCGUGGAUCUUUCUUCGUUUUUAGAUUGUUCAAGAACAAAGAAGUGAUAAUCGUAGAAACUGUGUAUUACAAAUAAGGAAUUGUUGGCAAUUUUCUUUCGAGAUAUAUCGGGCUUCGAUAUAAACUCGAGUUGCCGAAUAGAAUAAUAAUAUCGAGUGAAAGAAAUAGAAAACAAUUUGGAAAAUCAGAAGAAAGAAUCGGAGAAGGCUACGUUUCGAUCUUUAAUUAGGAAGGAAGGAAAGAAAGAAAGAAAGAAAGAAAGAAAAAAAGGAUAAAUAAUAUUAAUAAUAAUAAUAAUAAU